GAGGAGUAGUCCUGGAUUUGAGCCUACAGCGGCUAGAGUAAACGCUAACCGGGGGCUGCACUAACUGUAGCCGCUUUUACUCAAGGCUGGCAAGCAUUUUCUCCAACUUGAGGUAGUUGUAGCAGCUGCAGCGAUGUUUUAUGCUACCUUAUUUCUGAACAAGCGUGGGCCACUGGCAAAGAUUUGGCUAGCUGCCCAUUGGGACAAAAAGCUUACAAAAGCCCAUGUGUUUGAGUGCAACCUGGAGACUACUGUGGAAAACAUUAUUUCACCUAAGGUUAAAAUAGCACUGAGAACUUCAGGACACCUGCUUUUAGGAGUAGUGAGGAUUUACCAUCGGAAGGCAAAGUACCUCUUAGCUGACUGCAAUGAGGCAUUCACAAAAAUCAAGAUAGCCUUUCGUCCUGAUAUUGUGGAUCUUGCUGAAGAAAACCUUGAAGCCACCUACAAUGCCAUAACAUUGCCAGAGGAGUUCCAUGAAUUUUCCAAUCAGCUCCCUGAUGUGGAUGCUAUUGAUGUUGCAGAACACUUUACAUUAAACCAGAGCACAGCUGAGGCGAUCACCCUUAGAGAAAAUCUACACAGUAUUCUUCAGUGUAAUGGCUUUGGUGAUGAUUAUGGAACAUUAAGUAAUAAUGGAAUAUUGGAUGACAAUCUGAUGAGCACCAGUGAAUCUAUACUUGCUGAAACUCCGGAAAAUAAUAAUUCCAAUGCUGUGAAAGACACGUUUACAUUAAACGGAGAUAAAAAUAACUUUCAAAAUGAUGGAUUUGGAGAUGAAGGAGCCACUUAUAUGUUGGAGGAGUUUCUCAGUGGCGAAGCUGAAAAUGCCUUUAUGGAUUUUUCAGAUACUAACGGAUGCAUGGCGAACGAUUUAUGGAAUAAAAACCUACCAACUUGUAAGUCUGGUAAGUCACAUGUUCCUGAUACUUUACUUCAAGAAGAUAGAACUGAAUGUGACCAAGCAACUCUGCUGCUCAAUGAAGAGGAGGGCUUUGCCUUGCAGCCAGUCGAUACAACUGUUUCUUCAGAAAGGAAACGGAAUAAAAGGAGGAGAAAGCUUACUGUGGAUUGUGUUAAGGAGCUUGAUAGUAAAACCAUUCGAGAACAGAUUGAGGACUUCUCUGACAUAAUUACGACAAUAGAUCUGGCUCCACCUACUAAGAAACUGAUGAUAUGGAAGGAGACAGGUGGAGUUGAAAGGCUCAACUCUCACCCUGCCCAGACCUUAAUAAAUUACAGAUUAUUAAAGUUGUUCAGCCAUUGCCUUAGAAAAAAUCUGUGGAGAGAGCAAAGUGAUCACAGUGACAAUGUAGAAAAAAGAUCCGAGAUUGAAGAAAUGAGAAGUGAGGAGCACAAUGUAAUUGAUUUGCCUACUAUGGAAGAGCCUUAUAAUCUACAAGAUUCUGUAGUAAUUGAAUCCAGAAGGAGCAGCAUUGAUCAUGAACAGGAAAUAAGUAAAGAGCAUGACUUUCCAUCUGAAAAUGAGAUCAUUGGAUCUGAAAAAUUGGAUGUUGAUUUAAUACCAAUGGAACUUCUUGAAGAUUCAUUAGUUGUUCAACUUCCUACUGGAGAAGAAAGAGACAGUCAGCAAAAUGAAGUUACAGAGAAUCAAAAUAGAACAGGAAAUCAAGAUUAUGAUGAGAUGCAUUGCAACAAAAGAUCACAACAUCUUUGGCGUAGCCUACAGCGGAUCCAUGACACAACAGGUGCAAAGUUUUUCAGCUUGCUGGAGCUGUGCAGAGAUCACAAUCGCAAACAGGCUGCUGCCAAAUUCUAUAGUUUCCUCAUGCUCAAGAAACAGUUGGUGCUUGAACUCACCCAAAGAGAAUCUUAUAGUGACAUUAUUGCAACCCCAGGAACGAGAUUUUAUCUCUGA